AUGGCAGUCUUUCCACAAUUCGGGCCGGACCCCAGCACUACAUUGCUACAGCAAUGCCAGUUCAUCAUCAGCCGCAUUGCCCUUAUUCUUAAUGAGCUUGCGCGGCUUAAGUCAGCCCUUGAGGGACGUCCACCGUCAGGCCACAAGCCCCUGCCGUGGAACCAGGCUGUCCCCGGACUUGGUGCCUUCGAACGACUGAUCGUAUCUGAGAAGAAGCACAUCGAGAAGAUGGUGCAGUCGUAUGACGUCGGAGCCGACGAGCAGGUGGACCUUAUGGCUCUCGACAGCAGGGUCCGUCUGAGGCUGGAUGCGUCUAAUUACAAGUUCUACGAGACGGUGUGGGAAGUCACCAAGCGCUGCUGCGAUCUCACGCGGAUGCAGAAGGAGCUGUCUUACAAGACGGAGAGCGGCAAGAGUAUCAGCGCGGUGGUCGACCUCGUCGUCAACGGCGGCGCCGACUGGAUCAAGAUCGUCACGACGACACAGCGGAGGAUGUUUUACGAGAUGACCGAUGCCGGGUGGGAUUGGGACGAGGACUUUUCAGACGAAGGCGCCACCGCCGACGAGGCGAUGCUGGCGAUCCUCCGAGACGAGACGGAGGACAGCAUCGAGGUCGCCAGGGUCGCGAGGCACAUGGUGGCCGCGGCGCGGACGUCGUACGAGGGUUAUCGCCGGCCGCGGGUGCGCAUCCUCAUGACGCGCAUCUCAGAGGGCGAGAACGCCGCGGUCGACCACCUGCUCCGCCUCGUGCGGAAGAUGGGCGGCGACGGCGUCGAGCUCAUCGUCGAGACGGCCAACAGGCCAGGGGAGGAAGGCGGAGGGAUCCUCGCGCGCCCGUCGCCGCCGCUGGACGAAGCCGUCGCGAACCUUGUCCGCGCGGAUCCCUUUGGGGACUUCUCUGGCACGCUCAACGUCGAUUGCUCCGUCUUCAUGGCGCUGGCGUCGGACUUUAGCCACACGGCCAUCGGCCCGGGGUCGGAGCUACUGCGGUCGGAGCAGCACCGCAUCGACGCGGCGGACGAGGUGGAGAACGGGCCGAGGCUCGCGACGACGCUGUACCCGGCGCUCGCCGGGAGGGGGCUCGUGUGCACGCGGGAGGCGGCGGACACGUUUCUCAAGAUUGUGUACCUGAUCGGGACGGACUCGGAACAGGCGCGGACGAGGGUCAUCUUUGGCAACCAGGGGGAGGAGAGCGAUGGUAAACGCACGCACGAGGCCGUCGAGGAGGAUCGCAGACGCCGCAUCGACGCGCUGCGGAAGCUCUCGGCCCAUCCCGUCCCGGACGAUCUGCGGCUCCCCGUCGACGUCGUGGACGGCGUCUCGUGGGACGACGCGCGGCGGAUGGCCUCGCUCGGCGAGCUGCCGCAGGCCGCACUGGCGGUCGGGCGGAAGGGGUCCGGACUGAACGCGACGGCGGCGAGCUCGUUCCUGUACGGGUGGGCGAGCGGGCUGACGACGGUGACGUCCAACUGGGAGGCGGCCAAGAGGCUGCGGACAGCGGUCGAGGCGGGCUGCGUCGACGGGGCGGAGGUCGGGCCGCAUGUUUGGCGGAUCCCGUUCUCGAGGAAGCUGCUCGCCAGGCCGAAGGGCCCGAGAGGUGGUGGUGGUGGUGGUGGUGAUGGGGAUGGUGACAGAGACAAGGGCGACAAGAGAGUCAAGGGGGGACGGGUCAAGGGCCGGCAGGAGAGGAGGGUCGAGAAGGAGAAGUCGCUGCAGAGCUGGAUCGCCUCCGAGGAGACGACGGAUGUGAAGAGGGAGAAGCAGCCUGGAGACGCCGACGACGAAUGA